UUAGUCAACUUUCCACCAUUCAUGAACAAAAUUACUCUCACAAUUCAUGAAGACGAGGCGAUGACACUGCAUCAGAUCCACACCCCUACAAUCUUAUCGUCGUCGAUGACAUGGUGUUUGACGGUGGCUUUGGACCAACGGUUUUGCCUAAACCCUCAAACUUGAUUUUCGUUUUUCUAUACUGAUUUAUUCGCUGAGGUGAAUAGUAUCCUGCAGAAUUAGAUGAAUGGUCUCGAUAAGUAGUGGUGACUGACUCUCCUUGAACUUGAAUCAUCUUCAAAGUUAAUAAAUAAUAUCUCCUUUUCAUCAAGCUAGCUAACUGCUUUUUCGCUAUCGCAAUGGAUUGCAAGGGAAUCCAAAGCAGCUCUUCAUCUUGGAUGAUAUGGAAGUAUGAUGUGUUUGUGAGCUUUAGAGGCGAAGACACACGAAAUAACUUCACUGAUCAUCUUUUUGGUGCUCUCCAUACAAAAGGCUUUGUUAUAUUCAGGGAUGAUAGAGAGCUCAGAAAAGGGGGAAGUAUAUCCACUGAGCUUCUACAAGCAAUUGAAGGAUCCCGAAUUUUGAUUGUGGUCUUCUCAAAAAACUAUGCUUCUUCCACAUGGUGCUUACAAGAACUGGCGAAGAUUGCCGAUAACGUUGAAGUAUCGCAAACUGUUCUGCCUAUUUUCUAUGAUGUGAGUCCAUCUGAGGUGAGAAAACAAACUGGGAAUUAUGGAAAAGCCUUUGUGGAGCAUGAAGAAAGAUUCCGAGAUAAUUUAGAGAUGGUUCAAACAUGGAGGGAUGCUCUAACACGAGUAGCCAAUCUCUCUGGAUGGGAUGUAAGCGAUAAGCCACAAUAUGGAGAGAUUGAAAAAAUUAUUAAGGAGGUAACACGCCUAUUGGAUCGCAAACUUUCAACUCCCUCCGAUGAUAUAGUUGGGAUGCAGUCACGAGUGGAAGAAUUAGAAAAGCUUUUGGUUCUAGACUCAAAUGAUGAUAUUCGAGUUGUAGGGAUUUGUGGCAUGGGUGGAAUAGGGAAGUCAACACUUGUUGCUACUUUAUAUUGCAGAAUCUGUAAUCAAUUUGAUGCAUCAUGUUUCAUUGAUGAUAUAAGUAAACUUUUUGGAGACUAUGGUCCAAUUGAGGCACAAAAGCAAAUUCUUAGUCAAAUUUUAAAUGGGGAAAGUCUUCAGCUGAACAAUCCUGCCAUUGCAACUAAUUUGAUGCGAAAUAGGUUACGCCACAAAAAGGUCCUCAUAGUUCUUGAUAAUGUUGAUGGAGUACUGCAGCUGGACAAAUUGGCUCUAAAACGUGAAUGGCUAGGUGCAGGAAGUAGAAUCAUCAUAAUUUCAAGGGAUGAACAUAUCUUGCAAGAGUAUCAAGUGGAUAAAGUUUACAAAGUUCAACUCUUGAAUUAUCGAGAUGCUCUACAAUUGUUUUGUAGAAAAGCUUUCAAAUGUGAUGAUAUCGUAAGAGAUUACCUUGACUUGACAAAUGAGGCACUAGAGUAUGCUAAAGGCCUCCCAUUAGCAAUUAAAGUAUUGGGUUCAUUGUUUUUCGGUCGAGAUGUUUCUGAAUGGAGAAGUUCAUUGGUUAGGCUAAGAGAAAAUCCAGAAAAAGAUAUUAUGGAUGUGCUUCGAGUUAGUUUUGAUGCACUGAAGGAUACAGAAAAGGAAAUAUUUUUAGAUAUUUCUUGUUUCUUUCAUGGACAAUCAAGGGAAUAUGUGGAACAUCUUCUAGAUAUUCGUGGAUUUUAUCCUAAAAUAGGUAUAAGAAAUCUCGUUGAAAAAUCGCUGGUCAUAAUCCUUGAAGAUGAGACUAUUACAAUGCAUGACUUGUUGAAAGAGUUGGGCAGAAGUAUUGUUAGAGAGAAGUCACCAAAAGAACCACGAAACUGGAGCAGGCUGUGGGACUACAAGGAUCUACACAAUGUUAUCUUACAAAAUAUGGCAACUGAAAAUCUUGAGGCCAUAGUUAUAAGAAGACAUAUACCAGAGUUUCCGGAAACAACCAUGAAAGCAGGUGCUUUGUCAAAAAUGAGUCACCUUAAGUUGCUCAUUCUCCAAGGUGUCAUCUUUUCAGGAAGUCUCAAUCAUCUUUCCAAUGAAUUACAACACAUUUGCUGGGAAAAGUAUCCUUUCUGGUGUUUGCCACCAAACUUCGAACCAGAUAAACUUGUUGAAUUGGUCCUGCAUCGAAGUAGCAUUAGACAACUAUUGAAAGACUCAAAGCCUCUGCACCAUUUGAGAGUGAUGGAUCUUUCUUACUCCAGAAAUCUUAUUAAAACACCGGAUUUUAGGGAGGUACCAAAUCUUGAGUCCCUCGAACUUCAAGAAUGUAUAGAACUUGUGCAUAUCGAUCCUUCCAUUGGCAUUCUGACAAAGCUUGUUAAUUUGAACUUGUCAUAUUGUACAAAUCUAGUCAGUAUUCCCAAUAUUAUUUUUCAUCUUAGCUCUCUUGAAUAUCUAAAUCUUUCUGGCUGCUCAAAAUUAUACAUUAACCAGUUGUUAGGGAAACCGGGGCAUGCCGAACAUGUGAAGAUACUUGAAAUAAAUGAAAGUAGUAUCAAGAAACAAUCAACAUCCUCCAUCCUGAAAAUUGUUAGGUUCCCUCUCCAUUGGUUUUAUUCUGGAAGGCGUGAAGAAUCAAUUGGCUUACUGUUGCCAUCUGUGCCUCAUUUCCUAUGUUUGAAAGAGCUUGACCUAAGUUUCUGCAAUCUAUUUCAAGUCCCUGAUGCUAUUGGCUGUUUACAUUCUUUAAUGUGGUUAAACUUGAAUGGAAAUAAUUUUGUUACACUACCUUCUAGCAUCAAGGAACUUUCCAAACUUCUAGAGUUGAAGUUGGAACACUGUAAGCUGCUGAAAUAUUUACCAGAGCUCCCUGUAAGAAGCAAAGCAUCUUUCGAUCACUAUGUAGCAGGAUUAUAUAUCUUCAACUGCCCCAAUUUGAUUGCGAUUGAGCGAUGUUAUAACAUGGCUUUUUCAUGGAUGAUACAACUCCUUGAGGUGCACAUGCAAUCCUCUCUUCGCCAUGGUGAUAUUCACAUUGUUAUUCCUGGAACUGAAAUUCCAAGGUGGUUUAAUAAACAAAGUGCUGGUAGUUCAAUGAGCAUGGAUCUUAUUCCUCAUAUGCAUGAUGAAAAUUGCAUAGGAAUUGCCUGCUGUGCAGCAUUGGUGGCACAUGUUGAGCCCACUAAUUUGGGUUGUACAAGGAAAAAUCAUGAUGGUCCAACUUUUAUUCUUGGAGAAGGCUCAUUUUGUUUCAUUUUUGAAAUGAAAAAGGGUAACUUUGUGUACUUUAUGCCGAUGCUUAUAGUAAAAGAUCUGUUCACAGUUGAAUCAAAUCACCUGGUGCUACUAUUUUUCAGUCGGGAAGCAUUCAUUAGCCGUAAAAGUUUUACACCAGCAGGAACACAUGAUUUCGAUAGUGUGAAAUUGAUUUGCUCAACUCACAAGCCCCAAGGUUUGCAUAUGGAGGUGAAAAGUUGUGGGUAUCAUUGGCUAUUUAAGGAGGACCUGGUAAAAUUAAACCGGAAAAUGACGCAUAGUGGGAAUUCUUCAGUUAGGAAGCACAUGCUUUUAACAAAUGGAUAGCCAUAUCAUUAAAUGGACUAAGAAAGCAUGGACAUUUCAAUUUGGCUACUGUCUCAUCAAAGAAGCUCUGAUUUAUUUGAG